AUGAAAUGCAAAAUGGGGCACUCAACGGUGGCAUUUCAUUCACGCACGGAACCCGUUCUGCAUAGCACAACCGUCAUUCAAGUGCUCCCCCCGCAACACGCAUCGCGUAUACAGCAUGGCUCGACCGCAGCUCCCUCCAUCUCCAUCACGGCGAAGUCGAACGGCGGCAUUGGCGUUGGCAUUAGCGAUGGCGAUCAGCGUACAGCCUUGGCUGCGCUAAGGGUCUCACUUGCGUCCGAGACCGAGACGGCACGAUCAGUGAUCACACACACACACACUAGUACUGCACCCGCCCCUACUGUACCGCCGAAUUCGCAAAUCCAAAUCAAUGCCGCCGCGCUCGCACUGCACCUGCGUUCUCAAGCCCCAUUUGUAUUUCGUGCCAUUUCGUGCCGCCAAUCGACAAUCAAUAGAGAUAGUGGUACAACGUCGUCCUUCGUAUCAGCCAUCAGCUCCAGCCAAGUCACUCGCUUUCUCCAACUAUCAAUCGCGUAUCAGUCCACUCUCCGCGGCCGUGACUCGAUUGCGCGUAUCACUCCACUCUCCGCGGCCGUGACUUGCGGCACUCUGUAUCUACUGAUGGUCUCUCUCGUAGCUUUAGCGAGUCCAUCUAACCGUCUGAUGGUUCACAUCACCGCGCAUCACGCGGCUCCAAAAUGGACACUAAAACUCACAGCCAUCACAGCCAUCUUGUUCUCGACCAGUUGCUACGCCUGUCGUGCUACGAUCGUACGGAGGCGUAAAUGGCAUGCUAACGGAGCGCGAGAGUUCAGCGAUAAUGAAGAAUGGACGUCGUGUACAAGACACAUGACGAAUAUCCAAAGAAAACAUGACAGUAUUGCAGUGGAGACACGCAUACAGCUGCAAUUGGCGGGUAUGGGCGCUGCAGUAUGCAACGGCACCCUUUUGAGGAGCAUCUUGAUGUACAUGAUACGAAUAGAUAGAGGAAAUAUUGCGAGGCGAGAUGAGGCAUUGACGGAGUCGAGCAUAGCGAACGAGGAGACGGCGAGUGGGACGGACGAAGCGACAAGUGACCAGUCUGCUGAGCGCAUACACGCGCUCUUUUCUUCUUGCCAGGCGAGCCAACCAACUGACUAUCAAAGCCAACCAGCAACCGCCCAACACACAGGAUCACAUGGAGUGCAAGGUCCGUCCGAAGUUACGUCUUCCCGCACAGCCGCGCGCUUCCCGUCGCUCGACGUGAAUCCCAGACAGCAUGGAGUGCAAAAGCAGCAUAUAGAAGGGGGCAAGCACGCGGGCGCCCCGCGUCAGAUGACCGGCGCAAACGUCGGCAUCGCGCGGUGCAUCCCACAGAGUGCCCGGGAGCGAGUAGGACGUGUCGUUAAAUUAGGUCGCGAAAGGAAAGUCGGGAAAGGGCUUGGGGUAUAG